GGCCUGUAGUGAGGCCCACCGAGAGAGACUGGGCCGAACACGUGCAAACUAUGGCGCAACAUCCGUGAUUCGAUCAGCAAAAAAACCGAACGCGAACAAACGAUCAAGUAAAAAACUUUCGUGAGAUUUAUAGCCACCAAAGAAAACGAACAUGCCUUCGGACUCCGCCAAAAAACGUCAAGCUAAGAAGAAAGCUGCAGCACAGUCGAGAGGAAAACCAAAGACAGCCGCCAACUCCACAGAAAAUGAUGAAACUGUUGAAGUUUCGUCGCGAGCGUGUACCGGCGUUUUGGGUUCGCAUCCCAUGUCGAAAGACGUUAAGAUUGAUAACUUUUCUAUAACAUUUCAUGGAGUAGAACUAUUAACAGAUGCUAAACUUGAAUUGAAUACUGGUCGAAAGUACGGCUUAAUCGGGCUCAACGGUUGUGGAAAAUCUACUAUGUUGACUGCCAUUGGGAAAAGAGAAAUUCCCAUUCCUGAGCAUUUCGAUAUAUUUCAUCUGACGAGUGAGAUUGAGGCAAGUGACAAGACUGCACUGCAAUGUGUAAUGGAAGUGGACAAAGAGAGACACAGACUAGAAGAGGAGGCCGAGGAACUCUCAAAGAUGGGAGACGAAGGACAUGACAGGCUGACAGAAGUAUUUGAGCGCUUAGAGGAGCUGGAUGCUGCCCAUGCAGAGGUGAGAGCAGCAGAGAUACUCCAUGGUCUUGGAUUUACAGGUGCCAUGCAACAGACCCAAACCAAAGAUUUCUCUGGUGGCUGGCGCAUGAGGAUAUCUCUGGCAAGGGCACUCUUUGUUAGACCAACCAUUCUUCUUCUCGAUGAACCAACCAAUCAUCUUGAUCUGGAUGCAUGUGUAUGGCUGGAACAGGAGCUAAAGGAGUACAAGAGGAUAUUGGUUAUAGUAUCUCAUUCCCAAGAUUUCCUAAAUGGGGUCUGCACCAACAUUAUUCACAUGGCUCUGAAAAAGCUCACAUAUUAUGGUGGUAAUUAUGAUUCCUAUGUAAAGACUAGGGAAGAACUUGAAGAGAACCAAAUGAAACAAUACAACCGUGAACAAGACCAGAUCAAACAUAUGAAGGAAUAUAUUGCUCGGUUUGGCCACGGUAGUGCCAAGCUUGCCAGACAAGCUCAGAGUAAAGAGAAAGUCCUUGCCAAAAUGAAGGCAAAUGGCCUCACAGAUAAAGUUGUCAAAGAUAAGGUUCUUACUUUCUACUUUAAUGAUUGUGGGACUUUAGCCCCGCCCGUCGUGCAAGUACAGCAUAUGAGCUUCCAAUAUGCCCCAGAUAAGCCUCUGAUUUAUAAAAACGUGGAGUUUGGCCUUGACCUCGAGUCUCGAGUGGCAUUAGUGGGACCUAAUGGUGCUGGGAAGUCCACUCUACUCAAGUUGAUAGAGGGGCUUCUAUCUCCAACCGAAGGCAUCGUUAGACGUCAUAGUCACUUAAAGAUUUGCCGUUAUCACCAGCAUUUACAAGACAUCCUUGAGCUUGACAUGUCAGCAAUGAAAUUUAUGAUGAAGUGUUUUCCUGAGAUUAAAGAGCAAGAAGACAUGAGAAGAAUCAUCGGAAGAUAUGGCCUUACAGGAAAGCAGCAGAUCUGUCCGAUGCGAAAUUUGUCUGAUGGACAGCGCUGCCGUGUGGUAUUUGCCUGGCUGGCUUUCCAGACGCCUCACAUGCUUCUCCUGGACGAACCUACCAAUCAUUUGGACAUGGAGACCAUUGAUGCUCUGGCAGAUGCUAUCAAUGACUUUGACGGCGGCAUGAUCUUAGUGAGCCACGACUUCCGGCUUAUCAACCAGGUCGCAAAGGAGAUUUGGGUGUGUGAAAGGCAGACGGUGACUCCAUGGAAGGGAGACAUCUUAUCUUACAAGGAAGAACUCAGAAGAAAGAUCGCCAAAGCUAACAAGUGAACCAAAUGAUGACCUUAACCGGAAAAAUAAGAAAGUCUGGAAACCGUAUCCUUAUCUGGGACUGAGGACCUAGGACAGGACUGAAUUUAAUUCUAGACAAGGAGACAUUGUCUAAAUACAAGAACUCAAAAUUUCUCGAUCUCAUCUAUUUGAAAAUUAUAUUGCUCUAUAUAAAUAAAUCCCAAUAUAUUUUAUUAUAAAAUAUUUGCUGGCAUAGAAACAUAACGUUUAACCAAUUUAUUUUAUUUUAUCGUUUGCAUAUUGUUAGCCUAAAUUUUAGCUAAAUUAUCUUUCAAAAAAGCAAACUUUCUGUAGCUUGAUUCCUGUAAAAACAGGAAUUUGAUGAAUUCCUACGCUCCUAUAUUCCAAAUCAUGGAAAUGAAGAGCAAAUGUGUCCCAAGAAUAAACACUCUCGUGUGUUCUGUUCUGUAUAUGGUGUAGCGAAAUCAAACCUGUCUAUGUAUAGCUAUUUAAAAUACAAGUAAUCUAUAUUAUCGCCUUAAGAAAAAGGUCGACUGUAUAUAAAAAUGCUUUGUAUUUAUACUGAAUUCUGUUAACCCCUGUAAAAUCCAUUAAAUAAAUAAUUUUAUCUUC